AUGGCCACCUUCAUACCCAUCGCGGGCACGGGUCGCGACAACGGCAAAUCCUACAACAUGGAGAGGGUCCUGCGCUCCAACAUCUUGAAUUCGGAUUACUUCGUGCAGCUCUCCAAGAUCGAGGACUUCAUGGACCUGGUGGACGAGAUCUACAACGAAGUCGACCACGUGGAGCCGUGGAUGAGCGGCAACGCGCGCGGGCCGUCCACCGCCUUCUGCCUGCUGUACCGCCUGUUCACCAUGGAGCUCGACGACCGCAACGUAAACCACCUGAUCCGCCACCGCGACUCGCCCUACAUUCGCGCCAUCGGGUUCCUGUACGUGCGGUACGUGCGCGACCCGAAGGAGUUCGGGCGAUGGUUCGACCCCUUCUUCAAGGACGACGAGGAGUUCGCGCCGAUGCCCGGCGGCAAGAACGUCACCAUCGGCGCCUUCGUCCGGGACCUCGUACUCGACCAGUACUACUUCGAGACCAUCUUCCCGAGGUGCCCGGAGGUGACGAGGCGAGCGCUCGUCGACCGCAUCGUCCGGCUCGGGUUCGGGGCUGAGCCCUUGGGAUGCGGCGGGUGCGGCGGAUCCCGCAGGGUCGAGGCACCCAGCGGCGCGAGGCCCCCCAGCGUCAAGGCUGCGCUGAGCGUGAACCUGGGGCAACGGGCGCCGCACAUGGCGGGAGUCACCGAGAGGGGCCGAGGCAUCGACCCGUCCCGCAGGGACAGAGACCGAAGCAGAGAGGAUGGAAACAGGAACAGAGACAGAGACGGCAACAGGAACAGGGACAGGGACAGGGACAGAGAAAGGGACAGGGACAGGGACAGGGACAGGGACAGGGACAGGCGACGGAGCAGGAGCCGCGACCGGGACCACCCGUAUCGCCGCGACGACCGGCGCGGCGGGGACCGCGGCGGGAGCAGGGACGCGCGCAAGUCGCACAAGAGGGAGAGGGACGGCAGCAGGGACCGAGCGUACGGCGGCGGGGGGUACAGGCGCGAUGGAUCCCCGAGGCGCGCGGGUUGGGCGCGAUGA